CUUUCAUAUUCCUUUCUACCAUUACCCAUUCUGUUUCACUCUUAUACUUGUCAAACUCUAUUGAUUCUCUUCACUCAUCUUCUUGUCUACCUCUGUGUGCUAUUUGGAACGUGGCAACUCGAACUGCUGCACUUCGGUGCCAAGUUCUAUGUUGAAUCCAGGCAGACAGAGAGACAGGUAGGCUGUGAGCGUCAGGUGUUCACAUUCGUUCUUUCGCUUUUGUAGGCAACAUACUCACCGUGCAAAGUCACAAAGGCUAUGGGCGCGUGGCAACAUGACAUUUUGAGGAGAAGUUUGAAGUCUACCCACCCUCAGCUGUAUCACGUCAUCUAUGGGGACGGUUUUUAUUUUUUUAAUAUUACUUACAACGGAGAUUACUGAUUGAUUUCUAAAUUUAUUAAUUUCCAGUUUUUAUAUAGAUGUUAUUAACAAGUGUACGUUGUGGACGUUUUAUCCCAUGGAAAGGUGUACCUGGUAGUUUGUGGAGCGGUAAACAACGCAAAAUUCCGCGUUUAACUAAUGCACGUAAAGAAGCCUUUUUAAAUGAACUUUUAAUAUCACAACAAAAUCAUAAAUAUUUGGAAAAACCGUAUUUCAGCGAAGAGGUAGAAGCUGCUACAUUAGCUGAAGAGCGGAAACGUGAACUACAAAUGGAAGAUAAAAUAUUCUAUGAUCGUUAUGCACAACAAUUUAAUCGACGUUUUCCAACACGUCAAAUUGAAAACUUUUGGGAUAAGUUAUUAGUUACCAAGCGUUUCGAUGUUUAA